AUGAAUAAGAAAGAACAUGAAUCUGUUUUUUUACCGCUAUCUCAAGGUGAUCGCAAGGCGAAGCCAUCAAGCUCUAAGAAAAUAAAUCAGUCCCGAAGUUCAAAUUUUUGCUUCCAUAAUCUGACCAUAGCGGUGUCCCUUGCAUCUCUUUACUAUAAUCUGACCAUAGCGGUGUCCCUUGCAUCUCUUUACUUUUACUGUAAUCUGACCAUAGCGGUGUCCCUUGCAUCUCUUUACUGUAAUCUGACCAUAGCGGUGUCCCUUGCAUCUCUUUACUGUAAUCUGACCAUAGCGGUGUCCCUUGCAUCUCUUUACUGUAAUCUGACCAUAGCGGUGUCCCUUGCAUCUCUUUACUGUAAUCUGACCAUAGCGGUGUCCCUUGCAUCUCUUUACUGUAAUCUGACCAUAGCGGUGUCCCUUGCAUCUCUUUACUGUAAUCUGACCAUAGCGGUGUCCCUUGCAUCUCUUUACUGUAAUCUGACCAUAGCGGUGUCCCUUGCAUCUCUUUACUGUAAUCUGACCAUAGCGCUUCUUAAUGAGAUGGAUAAUGGAAUUGAUAAGGAAAAGGCUACACGACGAAUAUACGAUGUUCUAAAUGUUUUUGAAGCCAUGGAUAUCAUAUCAAGAAAUGGAAGAAAUAUCAAUUGGCUGGGUUCCAGUCAAGAGGAACAAAAACUCAAGACAGAAAAGGAAGUCCUCGAAAAAGAGGUUGAAAAGAAAACAAAAGAGUUAGAGCAACUUAUUAUGCAGUCCGAAACGUACACUUCAUUACUUUUGUCCAAGAAGAACGUCGUGAAAGACCAACAACAGGGUGUCAUCAACUUGCCUUUUAUAGCAGUCAGAACAAGCAAGAACACCAAAAUACAAUGUUAUACAUCUAGCGAUGGGUUCCAGUAUCUGUUCAGGUUUGAGAGACCUUUUGAUAUUCUUGACAACACCGAGGUCUUGCAAAGGAUGAUUUCAACCUAUAAUCGCAAAAAUGACGACUGUCAUAAUCAUUCUCCAAAUAAAUGA